AGAUAUCCUUCUCCCCCUCUUCUUAAUAACAUGACCGUCAAUCCCUUCUGGAAUGGGCAGCGGGGCGUCGCGGCAUCCCCAUACUUUCAAUAAUCAAUAACUCAUCGCCACCGCAUCCGGAACCGGUCACCGUUUAUAAUAGAAUCAGCUCUUACAGCUCGAUUCGGUCGGUGCUUUUUCUGUUCUUUCUUGCUUGCUUCUUUUUUUCCUUUUCACCGGUUCGUUUUGUCUUACCUGCUGCUUGUCUUAUACAUUAGAUGCUUUCGCUUCAUAGACUCGGACGUUCUUUCCCCUGCCACCGCUCGUCUAUCGAUAGAGUCAGACCGUCGCUAUGUCGUCCGCUGCAACCUACACAACCUUUCACGAGGGAAUUCACUCUCCGGAUAUGAAAGCCUCGACCAAGAUACUCAGCCCGACAGCCAGCCUUGCUCCAAAGACCUUACCGUACUGGCUUGUCAAUGUUCCCCGCUCGCAAUGGACAGCAGAAUGUCCCAGCUAUCUACGCGACAUGUCGCAGAAAAACAUCGAGGUGCUUUCGACCCCUGACGAGCAGUACCGGAGACAGGGGUGGGAGCUAGUCAAGGAGAUCGUUCGGUCCAACCAGAUCGAUCGGUUUCAGCGUCUUCCUAGCGAUUUGAGACGGUAUCUUGAGUUCAAGGAGCAGAUUGUCGCGGAGUAUGGAUCGGUCAUGCGGUUUGUCGUGAAGGAACGGCUUCGCUGGGGAGAAGGGACGGCGGAUGAUUUGAAGCCGAAGGGGCGGCCGUUUGAAUAUGAUGAGGAUAUUCGCAUUCUUUACAAUGACUGGCCAUAUGGAGUCGAGGAAGGCAUUGUUCACUUGGUGGUGUGGACAAAGUUCGAGCUGGAGGAUGAUCCGGUCACGGAUGACCUGACGCCACGCGCACGACAGGAGAUUGAGGAGUAUGUGCAACGGACGUUUCUCUCACGGAUGCCAGCCGAUCAGGUCAUCUGGUUCAAGAACUGGAAGUCAUUAAAGUCAGUGCAUGCCGUGGAGCACUUCCAUGUCAUGCUGCACCAUCCCGAUGCGGAAUUCCUACGGGAGAUCACAGGAGGGGAUGCUCCGCUGAAACGACAGUCGGCAUGAGUAGAUACUAGAGAUGGAUUGAUUUAGUUGAUGGUUAAGGGUUAAUCCGGUAUAGAGAUAGACGAGAUGGGUAGAUGGGUCCCUCAGACUAAGAUCUGAAGGAAAUAAUAAUAAUAAUAAUCACCAACCAUUAUAGGAGGC